AGACAGAACUGAACGGGGAACGCUGUAAUCACGGUAUAUAGUGUACAUUUUAACCACUGGGCCAGUAGGAUUAUGAAGGUUAAAGGUCCGUACUGGUCUUAUGAGAAAGAGGGGAAGUAGUAGGCCACGAGGAAUACAGGACAGCUGGGCUUGAAACCAGCACAGUGAACGUGAACUAUCCAGUCCCUUCUGUAAACUCAACUACCCAGCAGCCCUCGGGGCUUUGCUAAUACCACAUUGUUCAACAUGUGACUCAUCAGUGUUUGAUGGAGAAUCUGAAAAUUGUGUUUAAAUGAAUGCCAGUUACAGCGAGAGUUUGAUUCAUUUGGUUUGAACCACAGCUAAGUGUUGUUUAAUGCUACACUUCUAUAAAAUGAUCCAAAGACCUUACAGUCUUAUUUAUUGGACAGUGUUGCUGACAUUUUACCAUUGGAUAGAGGUAUUGAAAACAAAUCUGAUCUCAGCAUUUUCAGUGUUAUCUUAUCGUAAUGGACUUUAUGCUAUUUUAGGAAAGAGCACAUGAGGAAAUAGUUGAACAGAAGGGUCCUAUAACGAUAAAGUCACCAUGAGACACAUUAUAAGGGUCAGCUUUAUACCCCUGCAUUACUGAAUCUCACCCAGCAGCCUCCCUACCACCAUACCUCCUCCAGUUCAUCAGGCUGCCACACCUCGCCUGAGUUAGCUCAUUCUACUCCGCCCACUGUCCUGAACUUCCCACUACAUUAGUCAGCAAAGUGCUAUUUUCCUUAAAGGCCGUGAUCAUAGAGGGCUCCUGUCAGCAAUAUUUCAUCGUGGCUCUGCUGAGAUCUAUGCAGCAGCUGUCGGGCCGACUGACACCUGCAGCAUCCGGAGGCCGAGCGAUCCACACCAAGCGGGAGGCUGUGUUUCCGUCUGUACUUGUGAUGUUAGGGUUGGAUGAACAUCACGAGGUGUCACAAAAAAACAGGAACACGUUGUUUCGGCCUGAUAUUUUAGAGCAAAGAAUGAUGUUAUGAUGUUUCUUUGUGGCUGCAUGAAUCAGCGUUUGCAAGUAAUUAGGUUGUUCCCAGUAGCGACAGUGACGCAUGUGUUGUUUUCCCCUUGUGAGUGUGUGUGCGUGUGUGAGUCGUCAUGGCAAAAUGUGGUCCUGGAGACACCUGCUGAAGCAGGAACAACCACAGAAGCACUUUGGACUACUUUGCCAGAUGUUUUUAAUUCUGUCUGUGAGCAAAUUUUGUCACCGCGAUAGUGUCGCAACUGUGCGAGAUCCGGUUAUGGAACGUUACAGGUGUGUGGUUGAGAUCAAAAUGAAUGUUGAGUUUAAAGCCCCUGGUCUGAUUUGGCAUUGCGGCUGGUGUGAUCCCAUAGCAGGAUGGCCUCUAGUUUGAACAAUGCUAUUAAUUACAGUUCAACUCGUCGUCUCAGUUUAAGUUGUGAUGCAUGUAAGUGCAACUCCAGAAGCUUUCUGUGCCGACACGAUCACUAAAUAGGAAAAAAAACGAAGUAUUCAUGCAAAAUCUUUGAUACAAAAGCACAAUACAGCUUCAACCAACAAUUAUUUCAAUUAUCAAAUGAGAUGACAAUUAUUUUUUUUCAAUUAAUAAAUUACUCAUUGACUUAGAUUGAGUGUAAAAAGAAAUCGUGAAAAGUAAAUAAAAAAAACCCAAAUCUCAUUUCAAGCAUUGCAUUAGAUUUAAACAUUUCCUCUUACAGUAGUUUUAGGAAACAGCCUCAAGUGUGACUCACAAAUAUUUUAGCUAUUUAAAGACUUUGUUAAUGUAUUAAAUGACAUUCAGGCGUGCGAUCAAGUCUGUUGAUUUUGCUAUUUCAGGUUGUGGUUCGUCUCUGAAUCAUCAUCUUAAAACUAUCAUUAUCAAAGUCUUGAAUUCCAAAAAUAUCAGAGCUCCUUAGGCUAAUUAAUUGGAUACGUACGCAGCAUGCACACUGUGAAAAGAUCACUGAGCAACUUAACCAAGCUUGCGUACAUGUUACUCAAAAUCCACUGACUUUCAGAGAAGCUGUUACCCUAGUUUGUUAAAAAGGCCGAGGGUUUUCUUGUGCACAUGUUAUCUCGGGAGGACUGGUGUGUUGUGUGUUUGCUCCACUGCUCAGCUCCCGUGACAAGCUGGAGACGGAUCGAUCGCAGGACCAGAUGGAUUUGUACAUUUACUGGUUGAGCCCCGGUUUUGUGGGCCGGCAGAUCAAAAACAGCCCGGUAUUGGUAUUCUCAAUGUGUGUGGUGUGUACAAAGCCUUUGUCCAGCCCUGAGCUGGAGCCAAGUACAGAGAGGGCAGAGCAGGAGGUGUUAAAGCUGUGGAAAUAUUAUGUGUUGAAAUGACAGCAACAGAGAAGCUCUUCAUGCUGACAUUUUAACAGUAUCCUUCAAAUCUCACUGGAGUGCCUGUGCCGUGUCACGUGUCCUCUGGUGCCUGUAACGACCAGCUGAGCUAAAGCCAAUAAGAAAGUUAUGGUAGAUCACAGAUGUUGUUUAGACUGAUAAAUACAAACAGUACACCGUUUUCCCAAAACAUUAAGGCCGUGUGUUUUCCAUUAACCCCGUUGCUUCCUGUCAAAGCCCCCCUGCUUGUUUUGGAGAGCGAGAUACAGGAAAUGUGGCGAUAAUAGCCAAUAUGUCUUCGGACCAUUUGAGCUAAUGUGCGCCAUGAAACAUUGUAACUUGAAUAGGGCAAUGCAUUGUGGGCCCUAAGUCUACCCUGCAUAUUUCAGUGUCGCACAAGCUAAGAGGCCGUGAGGAGGCCGCCGGUCUUUAUACUCACAGUCUUGAUUAUUUAUGAUGUGAUUAAAGCUGCUCUCAUCAAUAUCGUUGCAUUAAAAAUGGAUGAAAUGACUGUGCGUACUGUAAAAAAGUCGUUCAUUCCCUUCAGCCACAGGCGGCAGUUUUCAGUGAAAACUGCCUCUAAAUGAAUGCUAACGUUGCUUUUGUUUUGUCUGCUCAAAGCGUAAAGACGCAACUGCCUGCCAACAUGUUAGCUAUAUCAACUCAGGCAAUAACAUGCCACCCUUUUCACCCCGUUGUUCCAAAUGGCCCAAAAAAUACAUAAUGCAGCUUAACGUUUUAUGAUUGAUGAAGUAAGGAUUUCUUUAUUUAAUGUCUUGAGGCCCUGAAGAUGAUGGACGUUGCCUGUGGAAUUCACGUAACACAGAUUCGCUUAUUAAAGAGACUCGUAUGCACAAUCUGUCCCGCUGAAUUGUGGACUCAGACCUCAUUCCUUCGUUCCUGGUCGCUCACAGUGAUUUUGAUUAUCCUUGUUGAUAUUCCAAUUAAUGUUACGAGCAGAAGGCUAAAGUACGGUGUGAUGAACUGACAAGAGUCAGUGACAGUUAGAAAUCCUUGCAAACUUGUCUCUAACCUUGAAUUGUAUGUUUAGGUGUGAAAAGUUCAGUCUAGGUUUGUCAGUAUAGGUAAGAUUAUAGACCGUUGUGUCAGAUAUUGAUAUUCAAGAUAUACAUUUAAUCGUGUUCAGGUAGAAAUGGUUUAUAUAACUCAUAAGAAAAAAAGGGAUUCAUUGACACACGACCCCUGUCUGUCGUACUAGCUAGAUCAUCACUGCAGCAUGUCCUGGAAAAUGAUCCCUAGAAAGAAGUGUGAGUCCUAAUAUUUGGUGUUUCUGUCGGCUCAGGGCUUGUUGUCUGGCUGUGAGACAAAGCGAAGGAUUUGCUGCUCGGAGGAAUUGUGCGCAGUUGACUUAUUGAUCAGCUCAUGUUGACACAUGGCGAGGGAGGCUGGGAGUCGAAUCGCAAGAAACAGAGGGAUGUUUUGAGCUCGGAUCAUUUCAUCCUCCUCAGAGCGGGAGUGAGUGUUAAUCCAACGCUUGUUUUCAAACGCUGAUGAAUUUGUCCCGACGGAAAUAUACACAGAAAGUCUGAAAAAAAGCAUUUGACACUGAGGUUUGAGUUUGAUUUGGGAAUAACAGAUUUGCUGGAAGAAAAAAAAACUUCAAAUGCACAUUUCUCAUGUUUUAUUUUGACAUCUUUUCCUUCUGUAUUGCUGUCUGCCUGCUUGUUUGUAGGCUCAAGCUAUUGUUACUACUUCACAGUAUUUGUGAAAUGAAUAUUCUGCUUCUAAAUUGGGUAUGUGAGGCUUUGUCCGUUCUAAAAAUAAGAUAUCAACUGGGCUACUUUGAAAGUGUUUUUCCAUUGCCCAAAGCGACGGGCAGUGCUGGCAAUGUAGAGCAAACGCUAGACUGUUCCUCACAGGAAACGUCAGUGCAACAGUGUGUGUCGUACUGCCGUACAGUGUGUUAGGACACUGUUGCUGCUUUAUGAAUUGACAGCUGAGCCGUCGAGUAAGCUGGCUAAUCUUUGACGUAGUGUGUCCUCCAUUUGCUAACUGGCUUAGCUGGAGCUCAUCCUGAAGUCUCUCUGUGACAACACCAACACGUUUAAUGAACAACCUGAUGGAACACAAACCUUCCCUCUUCCGCUUCCAAUGAAGAGAGUGAGUGAUUGUUCUGUUAACAGCCGCCGACAAGAAAUUUGGCUGGUGAAUCAAUUAUUGCUAUUAUCGGGAGGGUACGAAGUAACCCAAAGCAACACAAGCUGAAACACUGCACAUUUAGAUAGCUUGCUAUAUGUCCAGUCUAUUUUAAACUCUUCCUGAAGGCCUAUUUUUAGUUAUUAAUCAUAAAGCUGCGCUGAUUAACAUUUUUAUGUUACGUUUGAUGUCAAAGAGACAGAAUGAUCACCCAACUCUCCAGUCCACUUCAGGUUUAUGUAGCAUUUUAGCGUCUUUCAGCUCAUUGUUUUGAUUCACUCGGCUCUCGUUAGCAUUAGCAUGCAGCUGCUUUUUAGCGAGAAAGCAGAACUCACUUAACGCUAUACCUGCCCAGCACCUAGCUGCAGAGGCGAACAGAGUAGAGGGCCAGACACGAGUGAAUAGUAGCCUUGCAUUUGAGUUUAAAACUUACUGAGGCCAAGACCAAAAGUUUGUUUCCGCUGUUCUUUUCUCUCACAGCACGUUCUCUCCGCUGACCUCAAACACCCGAAAUAUCUGUCAGGUCAAUUUCUCCAGCACAACUUUCUUUGUCACGGCCUCGGUCCAUCCCUCUCUCUUGAACCCAGACGCGUUGGCCUCGGCACCCAAGAAACUGGGACAAAUCCUAAAAUAAAUAGUGCCAGCCCGGCCCCCGGACGUCUGCAUGAGGGAAGACUGUGAGGCCACGGACUUCACCUUGAUUGAGCUUGCACAGGCUGAGAAGAGCUCAGUAUCUGCACGUAUUGAUCACAACUGGUGCUUCAAAUUGAUUUCUGUCAGACGCACAAGAAGAGAUCGUGUGAACCUCUCCGUGCACUGACAAGGUUUUAAGAGACACUGGUGUCCCCUAGGUAGAGGGACAGCUCUUUGACUAACAUUAUACACAGUGUGCAGGAUUAUUUCAUCACAGUUGCAGCACCUGAAACUUCCCCCACACGUACAGUAUGUGUGAUCACCUGUCCGUCUGACAAUAUUCAUCUUUCUCUGCUUAUUCUUGUUUGUGUUAAUGUAACUCUGAGGAUGUUUCUGAGACAACUUUUGUGAUGGUGCUUGGUUUCAAAUGCAUAUUUAAGUACUCCAUCUGAGUAGAGCCUUCUUUAAUGCACUUAUUUUCAUUGGUGGGCUACGUUGCACCUGCACUUUAGGAGGGUACUAAAAUAAUAACACAGAGGCUCCGCAGUCCGCACCAAGACGGCAACAACUUUAUUAUUACUCCGACCUUGUCAACAACAGCUUCACACAGCUCCCCUUUAAGAUCUACAGUGAAUAUUAAAACCAGUCGCUGACUCUUAACUACUGUGUUUGGAGGGAGUCAAUGAGCGAGUUGAUUGGAUUUUGCAACAACUUUGCUGCCUACAUUAUGUAUUAAUGAGUAUAAUGUGUCAUUCUGUUCAUAUUCAUUUUUCUAAUGUGUUUAUGACAAGUUUGUUAACGCAGACAUUUUCCCAUUAACACAUUCAUUUGACAACCUAAUUAGCAUCAGAGGAUAUGUUUCGAUAUACGCACGUAGAUGAUUAAGACGAGACAUUGGGGGGGGGGGGGGGGGUAUGUUAGGCUACAUAGGAAACUUGAGUGCUGGUUAAAGGAACUUCUAUGUAACAGAUGGGAGAGAGAUUGCUUGCGAUGGGAUAUGAGCAACCAGCACCGUGUUACCGUGUUCAAGAGCACAUGCAAGAAAAUGUUAUUUUUGACAAGUGUGGUGUGUGUGUGUGUGUGGUGAGUGGAAGAGGAGUGAAAGAGCACAGGGAGCUUCCUCCCACACACAGCUGCUGUAUCGAUCUGCUGGACGACAGCAACAACUCUGCUUUCAGCUCCUAGUCGUACAGGAGAGAUUUUCAGACGGUAAAAAAGAGAAAAUUGGGCAAUCUGUGCACAUCUGACACAAGCGGUCACAGUUGAAGGCAGCCCGAGCUAUUAGAAAGCUCAACCUGUAGACGGAUCCCAGAGGCAGAGCUCAGAGACUGGGAGGCCCUCACAAGUGUGAGUAACAGCUCUGAAUCACAGUUACUGUCUGGAAGCCAUCGUCUUUCUUCUACAAAACAUUGUAAUCAAUGUUUUCUUUCAAAUUUAAACAUUUAAACAUUUUUUUAUUCAUGUUCCCCAGAGGAUGAAUCCUAAAGACUCUUUGCGAUCCCAAGAGUUUUUUUCUGGUGCUAACAUGAGUUUUAUAUUUGUGGUGUUGGGUAAAAUAUCUCAACAACUACUGGAUGGAUUUGGUGCACACUUUCCUGUCUCCCUUAGGAUGAAUACGAAUCACUUUGGUAACCCUUAACUCUGUCAUCAAGUGCCAUCAUCAAGUUUUGUUUUUGUCCUUUAUGACCAAAUGCGUGCACCAUCCGCUGUGUGUAGCGCUAAUCUGCAAAUAUUAGCAUGCUAACGCGCUAAACUAAGAUGGUGUACAUGGUAAACAUUGUACCUGCUAAACAUCAGCAUGUGAGUGUUGUCAAAGGGAAAAGAUUUACAUGCUUAAGUUAGCAUUUAGUUUAAAGCACUUGUGCCUGAUGCUAUUGGCAGUUGACAGAAGGCCCAAUUCAGCCCACUGCAAAGGUCUGAAUUUGAAAAGUAGGAUAAGGACUGAACCCAUAUCAUGUCCUGCAGAAUGUUCAUUUAUCCAAAACUUAACCACAGCAACAAUAUGUGCUAUGUUAAUGUAAAUACGAUAUCAGCAUACAGUACAAACAUGCGGUGUGUAUCAAAUACAAUAAUGUUCAGUUCUGUUAAUAGAUCUUUAAAUGUUAACGACAGUCUUUACUGCCCGAUAAUAUCGCUCCAAAGUUCAGUCGUCAGUCCAGCCUUGUGUUUGAUUUUUUAUGUAAUCAUCAAACUAAACAUUAGAAGAAGAAAGAUGAGAAUAAUUCCAUCACCGGCUUUAGAACAAUGCUUUGUGGAGUCUAAUGACACAAAGAUCCAAUCCACGUGGACGGAGGAUCUCAGGCCUUCGUGUCUGUUGCCUGGUGCUAAGCUAAGCGGCUGCUCAUGCUAUUUAAUGGAGGCUGGGGCAGGGUCUUGAGCUAUGCGGUCAGACACAUGCGCAGUGUAACUCGAACUGCGAUGUUUGAGGGUAACAGCAGACAGCGCCAGAAAUAAAGGGAUGGUGUCCGCUCAGGCGCUCUUUGGGUGCGCUCGGCGUGACACGACCCUGUGGUUGUGUAUUUGUGGAUAUAAAAAACCAAACCAGCCUUCAAUCAUGUAAAGCUCCUCUGUCCACAGAAGAACACCAAUCAAGCUGGAGCUGUCAGUCUGCUGUCAUCAGAUGCUCCUAAAACAUUUGGGGACCAUAUGUGGCGAGCGUAACUGUGGAGUGCAUGAGCUGAUCUGCGUCAGAAAAGUCUCUCCAGAGGUGCUGGGGUUUCUGACAGCCAUCGGACUCUUCAUCAUCCUCAUGACCCUCCUGUUCUGGUACCUCAACAACAAGUUGGCUCUAGAGAACCCAGGGAGCCUUCAGUGCCUUGAUGACUUCAGGAAAAAGAAUGAGCUGCAAGACAAGGCCUACUCUGACGCCAACCUGCAGGGCUCGUCAUCGGACAGCGAGGAUGAAGUGAUGGGUCAGUAUCAGGAGGCGGUCAGCCGCUCCCAAGGCCUCCGGGGAGGAGCCAAGGCGGCCGCUAAUACCAAACACGCAGGAGGUUUCUGCUGGGAGAGCCGGCAGAAGUACAGCCCUCUGACUGCCGAUUAUGACGGCUACAGCAGCGAAGCCUCGGCUGACGACGCCAACUGCAUCCAGAGGAUGAGACGAACGCCGCCGCUGGACGAGCUCCAGCCCCCUCCUUAUCAGGACGAGAACGGCUCUCCAAGGAUGUCCUGUACGCUGUCGGACCUGGGGGAUGCCAAGUGUGAUCUGUCCUAUACCAGCGGCAGUCCCCACCUGUCAUUUGGCAAAUGCCCCAGUGACUGCAGCGACGGCCACGAGACCGAGAGUUACCUCAACAAGGGCUACGAGGAGGACGUACCCAGUGACAGUACAGCUGUCCUCAGCCCAGAGGACAUGUCAGCCCGUGGAUCAGCAGCUCGCCUCUCUAAAGGUUAUGAACCAGAUCCACUUGCAAAAUAUGGCACUCUAGACGUGGUAUUUGACUUCGACUCAGAGGACCAGCAGCUGGCGGUCACCAUCAUGGCGGUAUCGGAUCUUCCCGGCCUGACACGCACGGGCAACAUCUCCUGGCAGGUCCACCUGGUGCUGCUGCCCACCAAGAAGCAGAGGGCCAAGACGGGAAUCGCGAGAGGCCCGUGCCCGAUCUUCACCGAGACCUUCCGCUUCAGCCACGUUGAGUCGGAGAUGAUCAGCAAUUAUGCCAUCCGAUUCCGCCUUUACAGUGUGCGGCGGAUGAAGAAGGAGAAGGCGCUCGGGGAAAAGGUGUUUUACCUCACCAAGCUCAACCUUCAGGGCAAAGUGUCAGUGCCAGUCAUAUUAGACCCCUGCUGCGCUCUCCCGGGUGGUGAAUCCCAGGUCAGCCUCUCCGACAUGACAUGCAGUGAAAGCGCCUCAUCAUUCCAGUCAGUCAGUCAGACUUCCACACCAGAGAUCCUCGUGGGCCUGGUGUACAACGCCACAACAGGUCGUCUCUCUGUGGAGAUCAUCAAAGGCAUCCACUUUAAAAACCUGACUGCCAACAAGCCACCCACUGUCCAACCCUUGUUGUCAGAUGGGCUGUUCUGUUGUCUGAAACACUUGAUAGGUGGACAGGUUUAUAUUAUCAGAGAUACAUAUGUUAAGCUGACCUUACUGAACUCCAUGGGCCACGAGAUGUCCAAGUGUAAGACAUCCAUCUGUCGAGGUCAGCCCAACCCGACCUACAAGGAGACGUUCGUCUUCCAGGUCGCUCUUUUCCAGCUAUCGGACGUCACGCUCAUCCUCUCCGUCUACAACAAGCGCAGCAUGAAGCGCAAGGAGAUGAUUGGCUGGAUCUCGCUCGGCCUCAACAGCUCGGGGGAGGAGGAGCUCACCCACUGGACUCAGAUGAAGGAGUCCAAAGGACAGCAGGUUUGCCGCUGGCACAGUUUAUUGGAGUCCUAGCAGCAAGAGGUCGGCGAGCGAAGAGAGAGAGAGAGAGAGAGAGCGUGAGGAUAGCUGCACAGAGCAGUUGUCAUUCAGCUGGGUUAGAGGAGUGUGACGGACGUCCAGGGAUCCAGGGUCAGUGGAGAUGAAGGAAAAGACACACACCAACAUGUGUCUACUGGUGUUCAACUUGGCAAUUUUUCGAGGCACUGUUUGUAAAAUCACUGACAGCCAUUGAUUAGUCAUAUGGCCAGUAAUGUGAUGUAAUUUGUAUUCAUUUUUUUCCAUGGAUUGCCUUGUAAUGAACUUUAAGUUUCUGUAGAUGGCACUCUGUUUUUGUGUGUUGAACUGGUUGAGCUGGGACCUGUUCCAAGAAUGCGGCUCCGGAUAAAGCUGUUGAGUAAAUUACAAUGUGAUAAUUUUGUUUGUAUACACCUCCAGCUCAAACAACCGACAUCAGGAUUAUCCUUAAUCUCAUCAGACAGGUUUAAACAUGAAACUAUGGGCACGCUCUUUUGUUUUUCUCCAACUUGUUCAAGUUUAAAUCGUGAAUUAUAGGGUUGACCAAGGAAACGUUCCCUUGCAGAGGCCAGAACAGGACGUGCAUUUCCACUUUUCACAUCAGUAGUUAUUUCCCACUUUGUGAUGGACUUUGCACCGCCAUUCUUAAAGGCCUUUAAAAACCUAUUUUCUCAGUGUUAUCCCACCUGAACAUAACAUAUUGCACUUAAGCUAGAACAGUUCUGGUAACUUCACAUGAGGCAUUUCUAAAUCUGCGUGCUCGCUCCUUGUUGUUCUCAUUAGUUUGGUCGUGGCUCGCCUGCAAAAAGGUGACAUCGUGUAUUACCAUGCACUUGUCAGUCAGGCAACAUUUGAAUCAAAAUCAGUUGUGGGAUUGUUUGCUUAAGUUAGUGCCUCAAACACACCACAACCACAUUGUUUGAGUUGCUAACUCUAAAUGAAUAGUAACUAAAAAAUUAUAUAUUUUUCCAAACCUAACUUUGACUGUUUCUUGGUCAUUGAUGAAUGAAUAUUUAUUGUUUUGGAGAAGUACUUUGAAAGCUUUAAGCUAUUUUCAUGGAAUGAGAAUCCACAGCUAGCUACUUUUAACAACUCUCUGUCUACACCAGUGAAAA